CCAAGUCGGCCGUUGCGUUACGUGGAACUUGUCUAUUCUGGAAAGCACCCCCGGUCCGUUGCGCUACUCCGCCAUCCGCCAUCCAUUGAUCUAUCCACCCAUCCAUCCAUUCACCACCCCAUCAUCGUCACCUCUACCACCAGGCACCCGCAAUCCGAACAUUGCCGCCGUCCGCUGCAGCGCCACUACUUCAUUACGCGUUCUCACUCGCCUCUCUCUACAGCUAUAUCCCCCUCCCCGACCACUCCAUCUAGCCUGCCUGCUUGCCCUUUGUACUCCGUUUCUUCGAUUCGGCCUGAGCUGAACAUUUCGCAAACUUGCACCUUUCACACCACUCUCAAGCUUCCGGAAAGCCUGAACAGCACCCGCCCAAUUCUUCAUCAUGGGUUUCGCCGAUACGCUCAAGGAGGAGAUGAAGACGAGGAAUUUCAGUAUUUACGCCCAAUGGACCGGCAUACUGUGCAUACUCAUCUGCCUCGCUGUUGGAAUCUCAAACUUCUUCUACCUGUUCAAACCCAUCAUCAUCCUCUUUGCCAUCUUCUGCAUAGUUUCCGCCUUCAUCAUCAUCUUCCUUGAAAUCCCACUUCUCCUCCGAAUCUGCCCAACCUCGCCCAAAUUCGAUACCUUUAUCCGCAAAUUCGAGACAAACUUCAUGCGCGCUGCCAUCUACCUCGCUAUGAGCAUCAUCCAGUGGCUUAGUCUUCUCUCCGGGAGAGCAACCAGCCUGGUCGCCGCCGCCGUCUUUCUGCUCAUCGCUGCCGGCUUCUAUGCUCUGGCUGGUGUCAAGAAGCAGUCCUUCCAAGGCAGCAAGGCUCUAGGUGGCGCUGGCGUGGCUCAAAUGAUUAUAUAGAUGGACAUGCAGCAAUGCAUCUUUGCAAUCGCAAUUAGGAAUGAGGACGAUUACUUCACCAGUUCACUCGCGUCGAGCUCAUGGUGGGCGCGAUCUGUUCGGGUGUGCACGAGCGAUCGAUCGCGACACACGGUCAGGAGAAUUAUGUUUUGUUUUUGUGUUCCAUACGAAGUUUCUGGUCAGGGUUGGGCAAAACCUCGGGUUG